AUGGAAGGGAAUGAUAGUGAACAAGAAGAAUGCUAUCAAGUCUACAAGGAAGGCGAACAAAACGAUGAAAUGAAAGUGUAUCGAUGGGAUCAUUGGCCAAGACUACCAUCGCCUCGACUGGUUGCCUCUUUCCGUUCUUCAAGGCGAAUUGAAAGAAUUAGUUUAGGCCAAAAGCAUACGCUAAUGUUGACCAAUGAUGGUCAAAUUUUCGCUCUUGGUAAUAAUAAUUAUGGUCAAUUAGGUUUGGAUGAUUUAAGCGAUAGAAAAUGCUUUACUUUAUUGCCUCUUUUUCAACAAAUGCACGUAACCUUCAUCGCUGCUGGCAGUCAACAUAGUUGUUGUAUCAAUGAUGGCGGCCAGUUGUAUAGUUGGGGCGAUAAUGCACAAGGUCAAUGUGGUGUGGGAGAUGAUUUAUUCUAUCAAGCACCUGUUCAAGUUUCAGUUUGUUCUCCUUCGGAUUUGCAGAUAUGCAGUUGUGGUGGUGAUCAUCCGUCACGUAUUGAAUUAGUUCAAGUUGCUUGUGGCAAAGCGCAUACGAUUACCGUUUCUUCCAAUGGCCAAUGCUGGACAUGGGGCCAAGGAUGUGAUUAUGGUCUUGCCGAUGACGACGCUAGUACCAAUGCCAAGCCGUUAUGUGUUAAUGAAUUAAGCGAUGAAUUUGUCACUCAAGUUGAUUGUGGGUUAUUUCAUAAUAUUCUUGUAUCCUAUCGACGCCAUGAUGUCGAUUCGCCACCAGUGACUCCUUCCAAGAUCACCCCUCCUAGUCGAAAGUAUAAUAAAGUCGAUUCCACCUUCAAUGCAACGCGAAAUACAACUCCAGUCGAAAGCAAAAGGAAAGCCUCUCGAAGUGGAUCCAGUAGUAAUAUUAAUCCAUUUCCUGCUUUCAUAACACCACCUGAUACUUAUUCAGUCGAUUAUACCUUGACACCAUUAAAUGAGAACAGUGACAGUACAGACGCCAAUGAAGAUUUUAUUCUGAUUUCGCCUAAACCACGAUCUUCUACCUUUACCUAUAGCCAGCAAAUUACACAAGUUUGGACUUGGGGUAAUAAUAACUAUGGCCAAUUAGGUCUUGGCGAUAAAACAGCAAGACACAUUCCUUGCUGUAUUGAAUCUAUGAAAGGAUUGGCUAUCAAACAAGUUUCCGCUGGUGGUUACCAUUCUAUUGCAUUUACUAGCGAUUGCCAGCUCUAUGCUUGGGGACGAAAUUCAAAUGGACAGUUAGGAGUUUCUGGCGAAAUAUCACUGAUACCUCGACAAGUUGAGCUUUCGAUUGGAGUCGAUCAAAGAGUUUCAGGUGUUGCAACUGGAGAAGAUAAUACAUCCCUGUUAACAUUUGCAGCUAAUCAGCAAAAUCAAAUCUAUCGUAUUGGUAAUAUUGUAACGGAUAAGAAAACCACCUAUGCUAAUAUUACAGUUCCAAAAGAGGAUUAUAUAUGCGCCAUUGCUAGUAAUUAUGGUCAAAGCUGUUUUGUGUCUGCAAGAAAUGAAAACGAUGAUAUCCGAAAAAUCUUACAUGAAUUAUUGAUUCAAGAUAGAAUUUUAUACUGUCAGAUUACUACAGCUAAAAAGAGUAUACUAUCACCGAUAAAGCAAACCGAGUACUGGAAAAAUAUUAGGGGUGUUAUUGGUGGAAAUUGCCUUAGAAAACUCUUUGAAACUUUUGAAAUUUUGAUGACGCAUAUAGAUGAAUUUAGUGAUGACUUAGAAAAAGUUAUAAUUACUCAGGAAUAUUUAAAUUUAGAUUUAGCAUUUCUUGAGCGGAAUUCACUGUUAAGUAUCUAUAUUAGAUAUGCCACGAUAUUUCUUGAUGCUGUCUCUGUUGAUAUUAUAACCCGAUGUGCAAACUCAGCAUGGCAAUCUAACGAGAUAAGUCUAGCAGCAAGUAGUGAAUUAUGGAAAAUCAUCAAUAACUAUUACAAAACAUUGCCGCUCUCUGAACUUUCCACUUCAUUAAAAUCUUUCGUGUCUGAGUACAUGCCUAAAUCAUUAUUCGGCAGCAGCCUAUCCCCAAAAUCCAAAAAUGCGCCAAAUACACGUUCCGGUGGUUCUAAGGAAACUGCGAAAUCACACGAAACGCUUUUAGAGCAAUUCCUUUAUUUACCCUUAAAUCGCUUAAAGUAUGUUAUAGCGGUUCUGAGUGGCUUGAUUCAAAAAUUCAGUACUAUUCCUAGUUCCGACUUUACCAAUAGCUGCUUCAUAUGCCCUUUAACAACGCUUUGGAUCGAUCCUGAUGAAGAUACAAACUCUGCUAAAAUACAAAAAAAGCAACAGAGUGGUAGUCUUUUGCCUCAGUAUCGGUACGCUGAAUACUUGUUUAAUUCAGGAGAUUAUAAAGAUGCAAAGUACUUAGGUUGGUGGUUUGCUGGAAAAUUGCAUGGACAACUUGGACAGUAUACCACGCUAUCUAAUCAUAACCAAAAUGAUGUUUUCGUUGGUGAGUGGCGAACCGGAAGAAAAUACGGAUAUGGAACAAUGAAAUACGCUAAUGGUGAUGAAUACAAUGGCUUCUGGUAUCAAGAUAUGCGACAUGGACAUGGCAUUAUGAAGCAAGGAACUGUUACCAACGUAAAUAGUAGUUUUUACAUUGGUGAAUGGCUUUGCGAUAAUAAAGCUGGAUAUGGAAUCUAUGACCACAACUUUAAAGAUCCGAAUCCUGUGAAUUACGUGUAUAGGGGUAAAAGAUAUAUGGGCAUUUGGUCAAAUGAUACUCGCCAUGGUGAAGGUGUUGUAAUAACAUUGGAUGGUAUAUUUCUCGCAGGUUCUUUCAGCAAUGAUCGACUCGUUGGUAACGGAAUUCUAUUGACUGAUGAUAAAACUAAAUUUGUUGGUGAAUUUUCAUCUGAUGCUAUAUUGAGUGGAAAGGGUGUUUUAACACUUCCCAAUGGAGAUUACAUUGAAGGAUCUUUCAACGGAAAAUGGGGCAAUAGCAUUAAAAUUAAUGGAUCCUUCUACAAGCAAAAUAUGUCUGAUCUCGAUAGCGAGAGAUCAUUUUAUGAUAUGCUUCCGAGCCCUUCUGAAUUAUCAUCCGAAGAAAAUAAUUACGCCGUUAAUCCUGAUAAGAAGUGGGAAUCAUUAUUUUUACAGUUUCGUUUGGUAAUUGGUGCUCAUCGAGGUAAAAUCGAUUCAAAAAGUGCCUGGCAAAACAUUACUGACGGAAUGGAGAAAUUAAAGAAUAAGCCAGCUGCAGUACCAGCACUUCCAAUUUCGCGAUCAUCUCAAAGCAUUGGAAGUGAUAUUUUAGACUCUGAUGUUGAUUUAACAGUUGCACCAGAUAUAAAAGGAACAGACUUGCAGGCUUUAAUGCAUUAUUUAUCAAAGGCCUUCGAUGAUGGUACUCAUCCACUGGGAAGGCUUGUUGACUCUUUAGUUGAAGCUUUCCGAUACAGCUACUUAGGGAUUGCUGCUAAUCAUCGUUUAUUAUUACCCCAUGCUAUUGGUGAAGCUAAAUCAAUGAUUAGGAGAUUGUACGAGAGUUUAAGGAUACUAUUUCCAGAUCUACCUGUUGAUGGUGAGUUAGCAGUGUCAAAUUCCGACGAUGACCCACAACUUUUAGAAGCACAAGAAACUGUCAGCAGUAUUAGCCUAUUGCAUCCAUUAAUUUUACCCCGAAUAUACCCUCCCUUGUUCACUUUGUAUGCUUUAAACAAUGAGACAGAGGAAGAAUCUUAUAAAAGAAAGUUACGACGACUGGCAAAGUACACCGACCUGAUUUUAAUGCGAAAGCUAGGAAUAAACAAAAAGUUCAGGUUAAUUCCUGAAAAGGAUGAGAACGGAGAACCAAACGAAUGCGAAAAUUGUCUACAUUACACAGAUGCUAUCUCUACUUUGCAACAAAUUAGUACCAAAUUUAGCCCAAUGCAGAAGCUUCUAGUCGUUAAGGACUGCUUUUCGGAAAUAUUUAAGGCAGUAGAUACUUUCUGGAAUGAUUCUGGAAACUUAAAAGCAAUGGAUGAUAUUUUACCGGUAUUUCAUUUCGUGGUUGUAAGGGCAGAAAUAAGCCAGUUAGGAUCAGAAAUAUUAUUUAUACAAAAUAUGGUUGACGAUAGUGUUCUACUAGGGGAGCUAGAUAUGAUGUUUACAACAUUACAGGCUUGUUAUUUUCAGAUCAAAUCAGAAGAGCUAUAG